ACUAGCUGGAAUAAUGGCAUACUUCUCUGCAGACUCCUUCACGCUUACAGGCCUGACAAAGUAGUGAUGGCUAGUGUAAGUAAGAUGUCGCCAGUAGAGAGAGUACAGCAUGCUCUUAACGUGGCUAAAAGCUGCUUCUCUGUGGAACCUCUUCUCAUGCCGCACGAUGUAGCUACCAGUAUCCCUGAUGAGAGAGUAGUGUUAGUGUACUUGUCUGUACUGAAGAGUGUUCUCCUGGGUAAACACACUGCCAGACAGCGGGCAGCUCACUUUCUGGAGUUACAGGAGAGAUCACGUGUUAUGAUGGGGGAACUAGAAGAAGCUCAGGAGCACUGUGUUGAGGAGAUGGCAGGAGAGUGGAGGAAACUCAGAGAUACUCUCCACUCAGACCAACCUCCACAGGGCCUUAACGAGGUGUUCCUGGUGUCGUCACGACAGUUAGCUUCACACUACGAUAAGAGCAACAAAGCAGCCCAGAAGAAACUACACACAUACGCUACCGAGCUGCAAGAAUUGGAUAAGUUUGAGAAGGAGAUUAAGAGAUUAAAACAUCUAGCUAGCUACGUUCACUCUUACAGAGACAGUCUUGCCAAAGUAGUAGCAAAUGAGAAAGUGGAUAUCUACAAACAUGGGUUGUUUCCCUCGCCCCCUCCCCAUGUAAAGAGAAGUGGACCCUAUGUUGACUCUGACUACGAUAUCCCUUCCAUAUCCUGCAGUACUACUCCGCUACACUACACUCAUCCCAUGAGCAGCUCACCCACCACUAAACGGAAGCUAACUCGAGGCCCUUCCUCCAACUCCCUCCCUUCUGAAGACGAACUAGGUCUUCUCCCUCCCAAGAACAAUAACAAUGGUAACAGUUCACCGUAUGAUGAAGACCCAAAUGUCUCCAAGCACCUCAGCACGUCCCUCCACCGGGGGAGCAUGUGCGGACCUCCUCCUAAAGGUUUCAAGGAUCUUCUCUUAGAUUUUGACGAAGAAGACGACUCUUGUCCGUGGCAGAUAGCUUCUGUGAAGCGCCAGGUUGACGACAUGGAUGUAGGAGAUGUUGAUGCAGAGGAUCCUGUUUGUGAGAUUAUCAGAAGAAAAAGGAUUGCAUUGCAUGCUAAGGAAGGGAACACGCCCUUCUCCCCCCGGUCUUUAGAUUCUGUAAGGUUAAAAAACAGUACGAAAGAAGAGUUUUACACUGGCAGUUCUAAAGUGAUCCACCAAAGCGAGGAGGGCGAGAUAACGAUACGAUCAGACCGGAAGACUAAGCUCUACAACCGGUUCAAGAAGUUCCACUUGGUGAAAAGUCUAGACGAGCUGGAGAGGAGAACAUGCUGGAUCUACUUGAGGACAACAUGUUUGUAGCAGAUGACGAGGACUAUGUCAGUGUCUCCUCUGACUCUGUCAGUCUAUUUGAGGGAUCUGAUAACGAAGAGGAGGCUGUGGAGGGUUUCCUCCCUCUCAUGGAACACUGCGUUAGUGUUGAGAGCCUACUCUCUGACAUAGUCGAGCUGACCUCCAACUCUGAUCUAGAAAUCGCUCGCCAGGAGUUAGAUCCUGUAGGUUCAGCCCCCAUCGUUCUGUCCAGAGACUACGAUUUCGAGGUGCACAAAACCGUGGUGGUGACUGAGGUGAAGCAUGACGACCCUGUAGUUAAGCGGCUGUUUGAGAUGCCCCCAGAAACAACACACCAACUCUGACUCUCACAAGGAACCUGGACGGUAAAACUUACUCCUCCCAGUGUACAGUGUGGUUGAGGCCUGACAAACACCUCUCCAAGUCCCCUGCUGGAGACCCCAAGAUCUACUCAGCUGAUGUGACUUGUGUGUACGGAGAGAACACUAUUGUUGGGGAGGUAACUCCAGGCAAGGAC